ACGAGCAGGCAGCAGUCCUUAGGCCAAGCGACAUAUCAGCACUUAACAACCGAACAAUCUCCACGCACGGCACGGGAAACCUCGUUUCAUUCCUUAAUCUCUGCCCCCAAAGCAAAAUUACCGCAUUCUUCCAAGCGGUAAUUCCGCACCAAACCCAAACUGCACACCGGCUGGAAGUUGCAUCGCCAGGAGCCACCGGGGAAUCUUGUACCUUCACAGCCCCGCCAGGCUUGAUUUGUCUCCUGUGGUGUGCGCGAAGGGGCCGCGGCGCAGGAGUUCUAUUUGGAGCAAAUUGAUAAAAUGAUCCCAAGGUGAGGUGACAUCCCAUCACGUUUAGUGCUGCAAGAGGAGCUUUUUGUGUAGAGGAAACUCCUAAGAAGUAAAAAAAUGUCUGGUGCAAAGAUCAACUCACUGACCCUCACCCUGCUCUUCCUUAUGCCCUCGAUUUCAAGCCAACAGGUUGAUAACUGUGUGAUCAAGAGGGAGCAGGAGAAAUGCAUGGAAAUGAUGACCCUGGAAUACAACAAUCCAGAAUUUGACUGCCCGUGGUUUUGGGACAAUCUGACAUGUUGGCAGCCUGCCAGGCUCGGGGAGGUGGUUGAGGUCAACUGUCCUGAACUCUUCUCUCAGUUUAUGAGUGAAGAAGACUACGAAUUGGGAAAGGUUAGCCGCAAUUGCACUCCGUUUGGUUGGUCGGAGCCCUUUCCCCACUAUCUCGAUGCCUGUCUGUACGAGGAAGGAAACAGCACCCACCCUGACAUGUAUUACGUGUCAGUGAAAGCUCUGUACACUGUGGGCUACAGCACCUCUCUGGUCUCUCUAACCACAGCCAUGGUCAUCCUGUGCAGGUUCAGGAAGCUGCACUGUACCAGGAACUUCAUCCACAUGAACCUCUUUGUGUCAUUCAUCUUAAGAGCUAUUUCUGUCUUCAUCAAAGACGGCGUGCUGUAUGCAAAAGAGGACAGCGAGCACUGCUUCAUACACACCCUGGAGUGUCGAGCGGUGAUGAUAUUCUUCCACUACUGUGUUCUUUCUAACUACUUCUGGCUCUUCAUCGAGGGUCUGUAUCUCUUCACGUUACUAGUGGAGACCUUCUUCCCUGAGAAAAGAUACUUCUACUGGUACAUCAUAAUAGGCUGGGGGACCCCGACGGUGUGUGUGACCAUCUGGGCAGUGCUGAGGCUGCACUUUGAUGAUAUAGGCUGCUGGGACAUGAAUGACCAUGCUGCCAUCUGGUGGGUGAUAAAAGGACCCGUGCUGGCUUCAAUUAUGGUCAACUUUGUGCUAUUCAUUGGCAUCAUCGUUAUCCUGGUUCAGAAGUUACAAUCCCCAGAUAUUGGUGGAAAUGAAUCCAGUAUUUACCUAAGGUUGGCACGCUCCACUCUGCUGCUGAUUCCUCUGUUCGGGAUCCACUACACUGUGUUCGCCUUCUCUCCUGAGAACGUCAGCAAGAGGGAACGUCUGGUAUUUGAGCUCGGGCUCGGAUCCUUCCAGGGCUUUGUGGUAGCCGUCCUCUACUGCUUCCUGAAUGGAGAGGUGCAAUCGGAGAUCAAGAGGAAAUGGCGCAGCUGGACGGUGAACAGGUACUUUGCUGUGGACCUGAAGCACCGGCAUCCUUCGUUGGCGAGCAGUGGGGUGAAUGGGGGGACGCAGCUUUCCAUCCUCAGCAAGAGCAGCUCCCAGAUCCGCAUGUCCAGCCUGCAGGCCGAGACUCCAGCCACCUGAGCAGCACCGACGGGGACGCCAAGUCUGAUGACGCUGCCGCCUCCGGACCUGACGCCACCAAACCAACAAUCCUCCCAAUGACCAGCCUCACCAACCCGUUCCUCAACCCCUACCCCAACCCGUACCCCGAUGAAAUCAUGAUGGAAACCCAACUCACCUCCAGCGACCCAGAACAGCCACUCGUCUGAGGCCGCAUCCCCUGAAAUACGACCAAACCUGUCAGGUGAAUUGAAUGACACGUUCAGGUGCAGCCUGUAGGUUCACUCUCCUGUUCUGGAACCCCACUAAAUAGGCAUGUGUGCCGGCUCUCUCUGUAUAUAUUGUAUUGGUGUUCAGAAUUGUCUGGUGUUGCAGUAUUUGCUGUGCAACACAGAGGGACCAAAGAGCUCUACAAUACAGUAUGUAUCCCAUCACACUGAUCAUUCCAGUCUGUCUGAGGACACUUUGGUCUUCAGGUUUCAUGCUUUUCUCAAGAUACAUUUUAGAUGACUUUACACUUAAUUCCUUAAUUAAUAUCCCAGCUCCUGUGCCAUGAAAAGUGAUUUAACUGAAGAAAGUAAACACUGGUGACUCUGAUGUAAAUAUUUUACCGGGACACGCCGCUGGAUUUAAACAUGAAGAUUAGUUUCCUAUUAGCUUGUACAAACUGUUGUCCUCUGUGUCCGACGCUUAUCUCAACUGGGACUUUGGAUUUUUAACAAAAAGAUUGUUUUACACACUGUGGAGAUGUGUGAAAGAUGAGGUUAAAAAAAUAAUACAAUAAAUAAAUAUUAAUAAUAAUUUGUGUCACAUGGAAGUGAAGCCUGCCCCAAUCUGAGGAUGUAAAUUAAGGAUAAGUGCUGCUGCUACUCCAAUUUAUUCUGGUGUGGCCCAAAACACCUGGAGUGAUCUUUUAAAAGAAGCUGUAUAUUUAAUACCCUGAACAUGAAGGAAAGUUUCUCUUUGUCAGCCUCUUUAUCAGUGUUAAUGACUGAAGCAGGGACUCUAAAGCAAACCUGGCCAGUUUCAUUGGCGUCAUACCCACAUUCAAAACAAUCCCUCCUUUGUCUCCUCUGUUUCAGUGCAUAUAAAACACUGAAAAAGCCGUCCUCCUUUUUUCUGUCAAUGACUGCAGCACCCGUGAUGCACAAACAGUGACUGUGUGUGUAAGCUUAGUAUUAUCAUUCGUAGCCUCAGCUGUGACAGAUUUAAAAUAAUAUAAAGGUAGUUGAAGACAACUUCUGUCACAGAAAAAUUUCACCAAGAGGUAAACAAUGAAAAAGCAGUAUUUACUAGAUUAUUAUAUGGACAUAUUCUGGGUAAUAUGCCAUUAAAGUUAAAAAUAUGUAUCAUGUUGAUCUUCAGAUGUGUCCACAGUGCUAAGGUUUGCUGAAUGCGACCACAAACAGGCCUUUUUUAAAAGUCUGAGGACACUGAUGUAGUCAGCACGUCUGUAGUUUUAACAGCCGAUAGUACAGAAAAUGUCAAUGAAAAUGAGCACACGACUGAAAUGUCAUGAGUUCAGUUGCUUGCAUGAAACUGCAUUUAUUGUCCACGUGGGUUGUUUGUGAGAAUUCAGUGUUUUUUUUGGAUGUUUUUUUUUUCUUAGGGUUUUUAGUGUUUAUCAGGCUGCUGUGGAGCUAAUGUGCUACAUGUAUCUCCUCCACAGCCUAUUGCAGGAGGAAACUGUGUAAAACUAUACUGGUCUAAGUGGAGAUAUAGACCAUGAGAAACAUCACAGCACUUCUUCUUUCGGGCUAAAACCUUUGUAUUUUUCUCCUGACAGAGGACCAUUUGAAAAAUCUGUUUGAAUUAUUUUGAUUAAUGAGGUUUUCUCCUCGUUGUAACAGCUCUUUGUUACUGAUGCUGUAUGUGCUCAUUCUGCUUAAAGACAAGUAUGCUGAGAUGGAUGUUACUUAUACCGAGAUGGUAAUUUUCUCAUUCCAAAGACAAAUGAAUCGGCUCUUCACUGAGUAUUUGCACGGCCGUAUCUGUUUGCGAUGCUCAAGUUCGCAUUGCAACUGAUGUCACUGCAGAUUUUUCCUUUUGGUCUGACUCAGCUAUCCUCUGAAACCCCUUGUUUGACUCUACUUUGUGUCUCCAAAAGUGCCUUUAAGCACAAAAUAAGUAUUUUGACUUCUGUUGAUGAGUUCAAAUAAAAGGAGAUUUGUCUUUUCUUUUCAAAAAACUAAACUGCAAAGUAAAGGGUUUUUCAAAGUGCUUUUACAAUGCUUCACACUAAUUUUAACCCUGGAGGCCUUCAAAAUCCUUAAAGCAUGUUAAAGGAGACACAGAGAACAUGACCAGUUAGUGUUGUCAGUAAAGCAGUGUUGCUUCUAAAUAUAGCGGCCAUUGUACAGUGUAGCACAACAUCACAUCUACACACUAAUAAAUGCUUAAUUUAGUGGGCCGUUAUGGGGUUUUUUGUUUGUUUUUUUUGCUUAAUGGCAGAAACAUGAGGAAAAGUUCUCAUGAGGCACUAAAGAAGCGGUUAAGCGGUUGACUUGACUUGACUAAUGAUUUUGCUUUUUGAUUUGUUGUUGGGGGAUUUGCAAAAAACAAGACAGUUUUCUUGUUUACAGGAGAUAAACUCUGACUAUUAAAUAUGAAAGACAAACAGGACCUUUAAAACUCAAAACCUGAUUAAAUUCUUUGAUUAGCACAAUGAAUUUUUGCUAAGUAUGUCACAAAUACACAUUAUUUAUGACUGAUAACAAAAGAAAACCACAUCUCCUCAGUUCAGCAUGUUAUCAUAGUUUGAGCUGUUUUCCAUAUCAGCUGUUUGAAGUUACACCAUAAAUAUCGUUUUGGUGAUUUACAGGUAAGAAGACGCCUUAUAUUAAACCCCAAAAGUUUAAUAAAAUAAAUAACUUGGACCAAAAACCACUUAAACAGAUAUUUUAAAGUAAAGAUAAAAUUGUACUAAACAAAUGUGUGUUUAGGUUAAAUUGAUUAGGCUCACUUGAAAAUUAGUCAGUCAAGUUAAUAAAUUAUUUCCCUUGCCACAGUAUUGUAUUAAGCUGGUUGUCUUUUAACUUUGAUUUUUAAAAUAUUUAGACUUUUGGGGUAUUUUAGUAAAAAUAAACAAUACAAAUAUAUAUAAUUAAUAAUGAAAAAUUAAUAAAUAACUUAAAAAUAUCCACUUAACAUCCUACACAUUACCAGUGAUCCAUCUAGGGUUUAAAGGCAGUGUCACAUUUGGAUAUCCAACUUAUUUUCUAGAAUUUUUAGCCAAUUGCGAUACCCAAAAAGAAAAAAAAAGUUGUCUAUUUUGUGUAUUGAUUUCUAACAUGAUAUUAAAAUGUAGCCAAUAAAAUCACAUUGAUACUGUUUGUAACUGUAAAAGUGUCAUUUCCCCCCCUAAACUUAAGGCGUCUUUGGACCUGCAAAUAUUCACUUUCUAGGAGUUCAGACGAGUCAAAAGCAAAGACAGAAAAGAAGGGCUGACCAGAAACUGUGUUGUCCUGCUAAUCUGCUGUGUAUGCAUUUAGUCUGAGCUAAAACAAUACCAGUGCAGAUGCAACAGCAGCCAUAGGGGGCCCUGGUUCAUACAGGGAAAGGGCUGGUCAAUCACCACCUCUGCUCUGGUUCACUUGGGGUCUUCAGUUGAGCUCAUCACAAACAUUUUGACAAUCUCACCAUUCCAGUUUUAAACCAUAUAUUUAUGAUUUCCUUUAAUGUUAAAAUUAAAGUUAGAGCCUUAGAUUGCCAGUACUAUGUUGAUGUCAAACAAAGAUGUUGCUGUUACUAUAAGAACCUGUUGUUUUUGACAAUGAAGUAGUUAGUUAAAGUGUUUGAAAGGUGUGUAAUCAACCUUUGUGACUAAAUAAACUGCAGUGUAAAUGUGCAAGACAGAAACAAGCUGCCUGUUGUACCUUGCAAAAAGUUUUUGUGGUUCAAAGUAAAUAGCUGUCAUUUAAAAACUGCGCUGUGAUUGUUCUCAUAUUUUUAUUUUUAGUAAAUGGUGAUUGUGUUUGCUAAAAGUAUAAAGCCUCCUGUAAUGCCUCUGUACUCUAAUCGGCUGAUGCAUGCGCUUCAAAAUGUUUUGAUCUCAUUUGACCAGCAGACGUAAUCACAGGGGAGGGUCGGGCUUUCAUGCCAUUAAGGGAAUCUGAGCUGUGUCCUUGUUUUAAAUCCCUCAGACGAGUGGGUGAAGCAAUUAAUAAGCUAGAACACAGAUAUUGGGUUUCAACUGUGAAUGCUUUAUCAGAUUGUAGUUUAACUCCCAUCAGGACCCAUUAAAUACUUUUCCUUUGAAUGUCAAUGUUCACAAACAUGAGGAAAGGUACAGUGCCAUAAAAACUGCUGGGUUGUUUUUUUGUUUUUUUUUGCAUAGCAUGACAAGAAAGUUGAUUUCUAAUGAAUUUCUUUUUGACAUAGGCUGUCUCUUCAAUUGCUUUAUUGUACUGAUUGCUAUGGGGCUCAGCAGUCUGUGUACAGAUUGCUGAAGGUAAAAUUAACGUGAAGAUCUCUGCUAUGAGUCUCCUCCUGUCUGCUCAUGAGCUCCUUUUUAUUUGAUCUCUCUCACUGCACACUACCAUUUUAACUUUUUUUUGUGUGUGUGCACAUUAGAAAGGUUUUUGUACAUCAUGUAAAUAUCAACAAUAAAUGUUUUUAACUU